GGAACCUGCCAUUCUUUUCUCUCGUUAUUAUUCGUUUCUUCCCCACUUCCUCCUCCUCCUCCUCCCACGAGAGGAGAGAUCCUUGGUCUGCUGCCCGCCGAGCCGAGCGUGGGAGGCCGCGAAGAUGCUCGACAUCCAGAAGCGGCGCGUCCAGCUUCUGCUCUUCGUCGCCGGCGUGCUCGCCCUCAGCAUGACAGCUGAGAAGUGCAGGGAACUUGUCGGAAAGGAGGCUGCAUCAAAGAGUGGGCAGUUCACAUUCAUGAACUGUUUCGAUAUGGGGUCGGGCAGCCUUGCAUGCGCAGGGAAGGAGGGGGUGAAGCUGUAUGUAAACAACCUGCGAAGCGCACACAUAGAAACCGUGCGGCAGCGAGCCCUUGAGAAAGCGUUGGCUGAUGCUUUGACAGAAGGCCUGAGUCCUGCUGAGGCAGCCAAGCAAGCUCAGAAGAUCGGGGCAAAAGCGACGAAGGUGGCCGCUCGUCAAGCGAAGAGGAUAUUGGGGCCGAUAAUUUCCUGUGGCUGGGACUUCUUCGAGGCAAUGUACUUUGGCGGAAGCAUGACAGAAGGUUUCCUCCGGGGCAUGGGCACCUUAUUCGGAACCUAUGCGGGUGGUUUCCAUGGCGAGGAGAGGCUGGGAAAGCUUGGCUAUCUCGUUGGAAGCCAGCUAGGCAGCUGGGUUGGGGGAAGAAUCGGACUGAUGGUCUAUGAUGUCAUCAACGGGUUGAACUACAUGCUUGAGUUUGUCCGUCCAGAGGAGUAUCGAUCAUCAUCUUACGCAGCAGAAGAGGGCUCAGAGUAUGCAGAUAACUACAGAAGUUCGUCUUACGUAUCAGAAGAGGGCUCAGAGUAUGCAGAUAACUACAGAAGUCGCGAAGGAUAUGAGCCAACAUACAGUGAGACGCCAGAAGAGGCGCAGGCGGAGGAGGAUUCGGGGGGUUUCAGCUUGUUCUGAAACUGCAAGCUUGGAUAUCAGCCGACUUACACCGGGAUGGUAGCAGGCCAGCAAGCAGCACUUGUACUGAACUUGUUUUUGCAUGUCUAGAUGGGGAAGUGAUUCUUCUCUGUGAUUCUUGUAUGGCCAUUGUGUAUAAUAGAAACGUUUGCAUGCAACCACGGCUCUGGCUGCAUGGUCUAAAGAGCUAAACAUGAACAAAGAACACAUCUGGAGUAUCUUGUAGCAUACUUGGGGAACACAGGUCUCUAGAGUGAAUUUGCUGUAUACGUGUCUGUCAGUUCGUUUAUAAUUUAAUUUAACAUAGUUGGGCAGAUGCCCCUUCAUUUAGCAAGAA